AUGGCGGACCCGGCGGUGUGCGCCUUCCUGGCCAAGGUGCUGUGCGGCCACGGGGGCCGCCUGCAGUACGGCCAGCUGCCCAGCCACCUGCCCGGCCUCUCCGCGCAGCAGCUGCGCCAGAUCCUGGAGCAGGGGGCCCCCGAGCGUUUCCUGCUGACCCCGGAGCCCGGGGGCGCGGGCGACCCCUCCUCGCGCUGGGUCUUGGCCGUCUCGGCGGUGCGCCUCUGCCCGCAGCGGGAGUGCCUCGGCUGCGAUCGCCUCCACCUCUGCAAGCUCAACCUCCUGGGCAGGUGCCGGGUCAGGGCCUGUAAGUAUUCUCAUGAUAUCUUCUCGGAGAAGAACCGUAGCGUCUUGAAGAGCCAUGAACUCUCUGGCCUCAAUGAGGAUGAGCUGCGUGUUCUGCUGCUCCAGAACGAUCCUUUUCUGUUGACUGAUGUUUGUAAUUUGUACAAUAAAGGCGACGGAAAUUGCCCCCAACAAGAUGACUGCAACAGACUUCAUGUUUGCCGAUUCUUUCUCAGAGGAACUUGUCGUUUCCCCAAAUGCAAGAGGUCUCACAAGCUUUUGGAGCCAAAUGCACUUAAGCUGCUGCUUGCAGAAGGGGUGGAUGAUAAGAUGGCUUGGAAUAUUCAGACCAUCUGUGCCCACAAAACUGCUGAAUUGGCCAAGGAAUUACCACCGCAAAAAAUGCCUUCCUCGAACCCCACAACUGCUACAAGUGGAGAGAAACAGAAAACAAGUGUUGUAAUCCAGGAAGAAUACAGACCGUCACCUAAUCAAGAUUCUCUUCCAUUUGUUUCAGUGAACUGGGGUAUUCAGCAAGGUGUAAAAGCCGCUCCUCCUCCUCCUAAACCUCCCCAGAAAGAAGAGAAAAAGAAAAGUGAUGAGAUCUGUCUGUUCUACGUCUGGCAGUUCUGCAAACAGAAAACUAACUGUGACAUGAUCCAUUACCAUCUGCCUUAUCGAUGGCAAGUGUACACUGGAACCGCCUGGAAUGACUGUUCCCAAAUGGAGGAAAUUGAAAAAGCGUACUGUGAUCCCUCCAUUACAAGUCUUCCAAAGCUGAACAUCAAUUUCAGCACCAUGAUGUCUUACUUUAAUCCAGUUCGACGUCAGUCCACACCAUCAUCUGUCACCAAACCUGCUAGAUUUGUCUUCACAACCAAGUGGCUGUGGUACUGGAAGAAUGACCAGGGCAAGUGGAUUGAAUAUGGUGAACAGGAUGGACAGCGCCAAGGCUCCACGUUAACUUCUGACGAUCUGGAAAAUGUGUUCUUGUCACAGCCAGAGGGCAGUUUCCAGUUCCAAGCAGGCUCCCAAACUUACGAAAUGAACUUUAAAGACAUGAUCCAGAAAAAUUUGAACUACCAAACUCGGAGAGAAGUCCGGAGGCGCCCAAAAUAUGUUUCCCCUGAAGAUGUGAAGAAAAAGAAAGGCCACAAGGACCGUUCUUCGGCACCUAUCCCAUCGAUCCCAGAACAAAACUAUCCCAAGGAUUGGGAUAAAUCUGCGCUGCCUGAGAUUGGGUACAAGGCUGUGGAACUCAGCAAAACCUCUUCAGAAUACACAACAAUUGAGAAACUCUUUAAGAAGACAAUGGAUGCUUAUGUCAUCGUCAGCAUCAGGAGGAUUCAGAACCCAUCCCUUUGGCAGGUCUUCCAGUGGCAAAAGGAGCAGAUGAAGAAGAAGAAAGGAGGGCUGGAUGUAGAGGAGAAGUUUCUGUUUCAUGGAACCAAGUCUAGUUUGGAAGCCAUCUGCAAUGACAACUUUGACUGGAGAAUAUGUGGGGCCAACGGAACAGUCUAUGGGAAAGGAAGCUACUUUGCUAAAGAUGCACGGUAUUCCCACCAGUACUGUCAGGUGGAUGCCAAGGUGAAGAGUAUGUUUGUGGCUCGCGUUCUGGUUGGUGAUUUCGUGGUCGGGCAUUCAACUUACAAUCGCCCCCCUCCAAAAUCAUCUGAUGUGACCAACUGCUAUGACAGCUGCGUGGACAGGAUGAUGGACCCGUCCAUCUUCAUCAUCUUUGAGAAGCAUCAGAUUUACCCUGCAUAUGUGAUCAGUUACACUGAUGAUAAGAAAUGUGUUUUGGCAUAA